AUGAAGGCAUUAACUGUGCCUAUUGCAUUCCCGUUUCUCUGCAGAACUGUAGAAGUCUGCUUUAUGAGUUUAGGCAUGUCAAUUUUCUUAAGGCUCCGUUUGACAUCAAGUGGAUUUGAAGAUUCUGGAGAUGAAGUAGAUUGCAGCAGUGCACCAUAUCACCUGAUGGAGAAAAGGAGCCUAGAGAAGAGCAUUCUGCUUGUGCUGGAACUUGAGCAUCAUCUGAAAAUUCAAGAGGAAGUAAGAAGUAAGCUAUCUUCAUUGGAGCUAUGCCAUCAAAAUGAAAUCCAGAGAACAAUUUCUGCAUUUGCCCGACUUCAGAAAUAUGCAGAAUCACGAAAAGAGAUAGAUAGAAGGCUGGAUGUCCAGUUCCAGAGAAAAAUUGCAGAAGUACUCGAUAAACACUUGUCUAUGGUACAAAGGGAUCAUGGACAGAAAUCCCAGAUUGUGGAACGUAGAAUAAGAGAUGAUGCAGCUGUUGAAGAAGCUAAAAGGGAGCAAUCUAUGAAGGAAGAAAAAGUAAAUCAGGAAAGGACUAGAAAAGAAGCAGAGGCCCGGCAGAAGGCAGCUGGAAAAUUAGCAGCUGAAGCACAGAAAGCAGCAUACGAGGGAGCUGCUAUAUUGAGGGUAGAGACAGUUUCUACAUCUAGCCAAAUUUCUCAGAACAGUGUUUCUCAUGCAACAAUGGUGAACAACAUUGGAGUCAAAUCAGAAUUACCAGGAAUCAAAGUUUUUGCUGAUAGUAUCGCAUUAGAAGCGGAAUUGCGGAGGCGCGCAUUACAUGACCAAGUGUCUUCAAAUAUUUACCUAAGCAAGGAGUAUAGCCAAUAUGGCCGACAAAUUGGAAACUCUAUUGGUAAACUUACGCCAACUACUGACAGUGUCAAAGCCAGGGCUAGUGAGCUUAUUGAAGCUUUAGAUGGACAAGAUUGUCCUCAUCCAAUUGCUUGUCGUUUAUUUGCAGACAAGAUCAAGGGUCUAGAUGGUGACAUGAUGAUUUCCAUAGUCAAGAGUCGAAAUACAAAGGACAAAACCUUUGGACCGUUAGCCUUUGCUUGUGGCUAUGUAAUGCUACUAGUCACUAAUCAGGUACCAGAUGCGAUGGAUUAUCUCCUAGCCGAGUUCCACAAAGUUUGCAUGUACACAGUUCCAAAGCACCUGCAUGCUUUAAAUGCCGCGGUGGGCAAGGGGGUCCGCAGUCCAGCAUCGGUCCAGGUGGGCGAGCCAGUGAAAGAAUCGGAUGCGCGGCUGCGCCAGUUCUUCCAGGUGAGGCAGUCUGGCUCGGAAGAGAGAGUCGCGCAGUCGAUCAUGUGCCAAAGCUGCUGGUAUUGCCCGAUUUCAUGGAUGCCAACCGUGCCAUGGAUGUCCUGCGCCUAUUGGUUGGCCUGGAGCCCUUCGGCAACGGUCCUGAACUUGCGGCGGCGCUCGGGGAUGCGUGCGUACAGGAGUGGUGUGAUCUCGUGGAUGGAGCGCCCACCAAUGCACCGAUCUUCCCAGAAGAGGACCUGCAUGGCAUUCCCAACCUACAUGGUGGUCGAGGCGAAAAAUAAUGCGCGCUCCUCGGCGGUGAACUGCAAGUCUAGGCCUGCCCAUGCUCUGGUGUUGUCCGUGCGGCUGAACCAGAGCCAGCGCAGAGGCGAACGGUGGACACUGCCACGUCAACUGGCAACGGGCCAAAAACAGUUUGACGCACAAGCACGAAACUCAGAUUACUACAGGCUUAUUGGCUACCAGGAAGAAGUUGAAAAAUCUCAGAGCACUGAGUCGUAUUUGGUAAAUGUUGUUGCAUACGUCAAACUGUAUGCUGCCAUGAUUCAGACAGAAAUCAAGGGCGUGCGGCAUCCACAUGGCUUAGCCGAGGGAUGGAAAUGGCUCGCGAUGUUCCUCAAUACGCUCCCAGCCAUCACAGCCACAGCUUUCGCCCUUCAUGCUUUCCUCAAGAUGGCCGGUUUUGCGCUUCACAAGAAAUAUGGUUCGCAGUUCAUGAAGAUCCUAGAUGUAAUAUCCCGGCGCUUCAUACCAGCUUUGAAAGAACAAGGCAUGAAGGUUCAGGCAGAGGCUAUCAGCAAUCUACAGAAUUAUCUGAAGGACAAGGUUUAUCUGGAGGAGCCGGAAGGGCGGUACCUUUCCCAGCACCUGCUGUCGAAAGUGUUCAUGUGUGAAGAUCAACACCGGAUGGCUACCAGUGCUCCGGUUUCGUCGAGGGAGUAA